GAAAAAUUUGCCAAACUAAAUUAACACAGUUUACAAUGCAGUAAGCAAUUUGAGGCAUCUUGAUUUUGCUUAAUGCCCCCCAGCCCUUCAACAGCAUGCUCUGUACCAAAAACCCCACCCUCCAAAGACAUGUCAGGCAACCCGAUGUAUGUGCAAAAUGAUCAAUGGGCAGUAAGCGUUUCUGAUUGGCUAAAAAAAAAACGUUGCCCACUCCCCUAACUUUGCUGUUUGGGAUUUUGACAACAUAUGUUCACGUCGUAUUCAAAGGGCGCAACACCCUGAGAACACAAAAGAAGGCCCGGGACAAUCACCAUAAUAUCUGAGAAAAUCAGCAUACCAAAUUUCUCGCAAAGACUCUAUCUCAAAAACACCCAUCUGAGUUUGAAAAGAUUCAUUGUUGUCUUUCCACAUCUGUUCUCUCUCUCUCCUCCUCCCCCUUCCUGUCCCCCUCAGCUCAGAAUCACCUUAAAACACACUUAAAUCUUGUAGGUAACAAAUCUAAUUAUAUGUCUGGCUAUACAUGUUUGAUAUCAUUGAAAAUAUCUCAGUGUUACUGGUACAAAGGUGCCCGCAGUGCCAACACUACGUACUUUGCUGAAGUCAGGAAUGCAUUUGUUACUUUUAAGAUUCAUCUUUGCGCAAUGGAUGUUUUGUAUUGAUUAUUUCUGAAUUCUAAUUCUAAUUAUGUGAAUGGCAUGAUACAUAUUUACCUUACUAAUAAAUUGUUAAACUUGAUUUUAUUCUGACUUCUUUAGUAGGUUACGUUAAUUCCUAGUUGCCACAAAUCUGCAAACAGUGUUGGUACGCACUAAUGGCUAGGCGUUGACACUGCAACCUUAGCUUUCUGACAUUCGACAUUAACUAAUGGGGCUUUUCCACUGCACGGUACAGCUCAACUGGACUCUGCUCGCUUUUUGGGGGUUUUCCACUGUGGAUAGUACCUGGUACCUGAUACUUUUUUUAGUACCACCUCGGUCCAGGUUCCAAGCGAGCCAAGCUGACACUAAAUGUGACGUCAAAACCCUGCAGAUCACUGAUUGGUCAGAGAGAAUCAUCACUACCAGCGUCACUGGAUUUGCGACACGGGAUGUCAACCCGCUAGUUUUAAAGUUAGCAACAGCGACAGUAGUAUCAUUUGUUCACGCGACUUUCGAAUUGUAAAAAGAAAUGGCUGUGCGCAAAACCACGCCUUGGUCAAUAAACGGGGUGCAGACGUUCCUCUCGUUAUCGACGAACGAAACGACGUGAAACGAAAAAGUAUUUCAGGAAGUGUCUAAGCUGUUGGCCGCACACGGCUACCACUGGACCUACCAACAGUGUAGGGAAAAGUGAAAAAAACUUAAGUGACUACAGAAUCAUCAAGGACCACAAUAGCCGGAGUGGUUCAAACAGAAGAAAGUGGAAGUGGUUCGACCAAAUGGACGCUAUCUAUGGCAAUAGACCGGCGAGCAAUGGGAGGGAGAGUGCCCUGGACUCUGUGUUGUUGGAGUCCACGAUGGAGGAUGAUGCGGUGUAUGUUGGCAAUAUCCAUCCUCACCACCUGAGAGUUGGGCAGCUCUUCAUGAACUCUGGAAAGAGUGUGCUUAUAGAGAAACCGCUGGCCAUGAACGCAGGUGAAGUUAAGAAGCUUGUUGCUUCUGCCAACAAAAACAAUGUCUUCUUAAUGGAGGCGCUGUGGACACGCUUCUUCCCCGUGUCUAUGGAAAUUCGGAAGCUGCUAGCUCAGGGUGAGGUGGGUGAAGUUAAGAUGGUGAGAGCAGAUCUCGGCGCACCACUCACAAAUAUCCCUAGGCUGAUAGAGAAAGAUCUUGGAGGAGGAGCCCUGCUGGAUAUUGGGGUGUACUGUUUGCAGUUUGUGUUGAUGGUGUACAAUGGAGAAAGACCAGAAUCUAUCCAAGCCACUGGAUAUACUCUUGACACAGGUGUCGAUGGACACAUGAUUAUUGUGCUGAAGUUCUCACAGAACAGAAUGGCCGUGUGCACAUGCUCUAUAUCUAUGAAUCUCACCAAUGAUGCUGUCAUUAUCGGCACAAACGGCAUGAUGAAGGUACCAGAUCACAUGUGGUGUCCUACAAAUUUAGAAGUGAACGGUAAGGUGAGUCAGCACCCGUUACCAGAGCCCAGCAUUCCUCUCAACUUCACCAACAGUACAGGACUGUGCUAUGAAGCCCAGGAGGUGCGCCGGUGUUUGCUGAAUGGACUGAAAGAAAGUGCUGUGAUGUCACUGGCAGACUCCAUUCUUCUGGCAGAGAUAAUGGAUGAGGCCAGAAGACAAGUUGGUGUGACUUACAGUCAAGAUGAAAAGCACUGACUAUGAGUAACCCAGUGACAACAUCUAAACAAUAAAGAUUUGAGGACAAAUUUGUUUGUGGCCUAAUAGUAGAAGAGUACACUGCAUUACAAUAAACAGAAAACACAUUAUGAUAUCUACUGAAAGAAUUAAGAAUCAUGAAAUCAUAAUCCGUUUUCAGUUUUUUCAACAACACCACAUUUUUUUACAAAUCUAACUUUUACCAGGAUACAGCCACUCUUCAAUUUUGUGUGUAUAGUUUUAUUUAGAGCAGUGGUUCUCAACCUUUUUUUGAUGGACGCCCCCCUAAUUCAUUACCUUGAAGACAAGACAUUAGGGUGAUUCUAACCAGUGGCGGAAUGGCCAUUGGGAGAACCGGGACUUUUCCCGGUGGGCCGGCCGCGAAAUGGGGCUGCAUGGGCCACCGCGUUAUGCAGAACGCGCCACAAAACGGCGCCGCGAUACGUGGAAGGGGGCAGCGAUAUGCAGAAAAGGACAGCAACCGCUUUUCGAUGUUGCUGAAUGUGCCUUUUGUACUGAUCCUACACUGGCAUCGUUGGCAUGGCUACAUGUACUUUCUUUUUCCACGAUACUGCAGAGAAAUCAGAAACAAGUGACCAAGCGUCCCCAGGUCAAUAAAUAAUGCAAUAAAUUUGGCUUGACAUUGUGAAUAAAGAAUUUCCAAAUAGUCGCAAAUUUAGGGACCAUCUCUAAAGAUACAGGCAAUAUUGUAGCAUACAUAUCCAAAACAUUUACAAACAUAUAGAGUAUACAACUUCAUUAACAUUUGAAGCAAAGUACUUACAGUCAUACAACCAUCUCCAAAGUGUGCAUGUAGGUGUCAGCAAUAAUGCACACCUUUUAGAUUUUUGAUAUAAAAAAUGUCCAAUUAUAUGUAAGCGUUUCUAUAUUCAUCAGUAUUGUAAUAGGCCAUGGUGUCGGAAUCUGGAUUUUAUUUCAUGGAAAAGUUACAUGUUACAUGUUAAUUAGUUACAUGUGACAUCAGUUUGUCCUGAACAAAAAUGAGUGAUAUGAAUGAGAUAUUUUUUUUUUUUUAAUUUUUUUUGUUUUUUUGUUUUUUAUGACAAAUCGAUUUUGCCUGGCUCCCACAUUUAUGGUUUCACUGUAUGCCAAAUAUAAGAAUAUAAAAAAUAUCAAGGUAACUAUCACUUCCCAUGAGAGAAUAUGUUUUGUUUGUUU